UCCCCCCCACAUUUUUGGUCUCAUGGCUAUGACAUCAGGACCUCCCAGAGAAUAGCUUUGUGCUGGCAGCAUCUACACUUGUCCGUUGUGUAUAUGGCCACUGGAUUGCUCUAUGUUCAAAGAGAGGCUCUGCGGAGCCCGAUGCAUUAAAUGUAGGAUGCAGCUUCUCACAAGGGGAUAAAGGCAAAGCUUCAAAGAGCAAGUAUGCGCACUGUCAUAUGUAGAACCGGGGGGAGUCCAGCCUGCGGCCCACCAGCUUCUCUUGCCGUAUACAGCCCCCAGCCAGCGUUAGGUGACGUUUGAACACGUUAGGAGCAAGCAGAGAAGCUAAAGAACAUUUAUGGCUGGUGUUCGUCAACAUGCACCACCGCUGGCUGCUGCUUGUUGCAUGCUUUUGGGUUCUCUUCAUGCUGAUGGUUGCUAGCAAGUUAAUCACUUUAACAAUGAAAGACCCAGAAGGUUAUGGAAACAAGCAAGGACCAUUAACUGUCUUACCUGAAACAGAGAAAACAGCAGUGACAGAGACAACAAAGUUGCAGAUAGAAAGCCAGCCAACAACAAAGUCUCUUAAAGACAAGUCCUUCGCAGUUCUUCUGCACAAAGAGCGCACAGAGCUGCUUCGUAAUGUUUGCGGUAAUGGAUCUCUUCGUAAUCUCUCACACACUGGCCUUUCCAAGUUUGUUUUGGAUCGAAUCUUUGUCUCUGAUAAGCACAGGAUCCUCUUUUGCCAAACCCCAAAAGUUGGAAACACCCAGUGGAAGAAAGUUCUCAUAGUUUUAAAUGGAGCCUUUUCUUCAAUUGAGAAGAUACCUGAAAAUGUGGUCCACGACCAUGAAAAGAAUGGCCUACCAAGGCUUUCUUCAUUUAGUGCACAAGAUGUGCAUGAACGAUUAAAUUCAUAUUUCAAAUUUUUCAUUGUGCGAGAUCCAUUUGAAAGACUUAUUUCUGCUUUCAAGGACAAAUUUGUUCAUAACCCACGCUUUGAGCCUUGGUAUAAGCAUGACAUCGCACCAGCUAUCAUCCGAAAGUAUAGGAAGGAUCGCAGAGAGUCCAGGGGUGGGCUUCAGUUUCAAGACUUUGUACGAUACUUGGGGGACCCAAACCACAGGUUUCUUGAUCUCCAGUUUGGCGAUCAUAUAAUUCACUGGAUAACCUAUGUGGAACUGUGUGCACCAUGUGAAAUAAAUUACAAUGUAAUUGGACAUCAUGAAACCCUAGAAGAUGAUGCCCCAUACAUCUUAAGGGAAGCUGGAAUAGAUCACUUGGUAUCCUACCCUACAAUACCUCCAGGAAUAACAAAGUACAACAAAUCCAAGGUAGAAAACUAUUUCUCUAAAGUAUCCAAAAGGGACAUCAGGCGCCUAUAUACAAGGUUUGAGGGGGACUUCAAGCUUUUUGGAUAUAAAGAUCCAACAUUCUUAUUUUAGUUCUGGCUGGUACGGAAAUGGCUUUAUGAUCUUUCAUUCUCUUUUGGGGUAUUGCAUAAACACGACUACUGAAUUUCCUUCUCUGCUCAGCUUCUAAAUAGUAACUUUUUAUUAAGAUCUUGCAAGAUGUUUUCUUGACAUGAUACAUUCAGUGCCCUUUUGCUUUUCAUUUCCAAAAAGAGGGUGUUGAUAACUGGUUAACUAGUGUUUUGUCCCAUAGAGCGGGCAACAAGUAUUACUUGCUUAAUAGAAAACAUUAGUGUAUUUGAAAAACCUCUAAAUACUGGCUAACACUGGACCUUUAAGCAAUAUCCAACAGAGGACCCCUGCCUUUGAUGCAUUGUCACUUUCUCCAUUAUUAUUUAACUUUCAGCAAAUGAAAUAGAUGUGGACUUUAAAGUGCAAUUUGCAAGUACAGUAUUUCAUCUGCUACUAUUCACUGUCCCCUCUUGGAAAAUAACAGACUAUUAUGAGAAUAAUUUUAGGGUGCAUUAAUGUAGCAAACAUGACAAGGUGGAUAUGCUUUUAAAUACUAUGUAUUUGUGUAAAAAGACAUUUUUUGACUGGACAUAAAGGGCAAUUUGUGUACAAAAAAAAAAGGUUAAGUACUGGAUGAUACAUUGUACCAACUUGCACAAACCCAUUUUUCUGUUGCAUUUAGCAGUUAGUGAUAUAUCCGAUAAGAACAGACUUCGAAAACAUUCUGAAACUAGUAUCUCAUUAAAUGUGAAACUUGAGGCAUGAUGAACAAAGCAGUCUGUUGUUGGAAAUUGGCAACAUCAAGUACACUGUUCCAGAUACAAUAAUAUUGCAAUAAAUAAAAUCUUACAAGCCCAA